GUCAUGUGACUGGAAAGGGGCGGGGUACAUCCGAACAAUGCCUGCUAGUGGUACAACACUGUCAUAGGGUAGCGAGGGGGAUCUGCUGGUGUUGUUAUCACGUGUUAUAUGACACUCUGGGAGGGGGGCAUAAAAAAAAAGAUGGCGUGCUGUGGGGGUUCGGUGUGCUGUUGCUGCGGGAAUCGAGAGAGCCGCACCCCAGAGGAAUUGACUAUACUAGGGGAAACACAUGAAGAAGAUGAGGAGAUUCUACCCCGGAAAGAUUAUGAAAGCUUGGAUUAUGACAGAUGUAUUAGUGAUCCAUAUCUUGAAGUUCUGGAGAGUAUCAACUAUAAGAGAGCCUGGAGGUACGAGGCAGUGAAAUGGAUAAUGGUCUUUGCUAUAGGAGUCUGCACAGGACUGGUUGGACUCUUUGUAGAUUUCUUUGUCCAGCUCUUCUCCCGGUUUAAGUAUAGAGUGGUGCAAGGUUCUGUUGAAGAAUGUACUGAGAGGGGUUGUUUGGCACUUUCACUUUUGGAGCUCCUGGGAUUUAACUUGACUUUUACCUUCAUUGCAACACUCUUUGUCCUAAUUCAGCCUGUGGCAGCUGGUUCUGGGAUACCAGAGAUAAAAUGUUACCUAAAUGGGGUGAAGGUUCCAGGUGUAGUCCGUCUCCGUACAUUAGUGUGCAAGGCUUUGGGCGUCUUAUUCAGUGUGUCUGGAGGUCUUUUUGUAGGCAAGGAAGGCCCGAUGAUUCACAGUGGUGCAGUUGUAGGAGCAGGUUUACCCCAGUUUCAGAGCAUGUCUUUCCAGAAGAUACGUUUUGAUUUUCCAUAUUUCAGGAGUGACCGGGACAAGAGAGACUUUGUAUCUGCUGGAGCAGCUGCUGGUGUAGCUGCUGCUUUUGGUGCACCUAUCGGAGGUACGCUAUUCAGUUUGGAAGAGGGGUCCUCAUUCUGGAAUCAGGGCCUCACAUGGAAAGUGCUCUUCUGUUCCAUGUCAGCAACAUUUACCCUGAAUUUCUUCCGUUCUGGGAUUCAGUUUUCAAGCUGGGGAUCAUUUCAACUACCCGGGCUGCUUAAUUUUGGAGAGUUUAAGUGCUCUGAUGCUGAUAAGAAGUGUCAUCUGUGGACCAUUGUAGACCUUGCAUUCUUCAUUGUUAUGGGUGUGACAGGAGGUUUGCUCGGGGCAACUUUCAACUGUCUGAAUAAAAGGCUAGCUAAAUAUCGCAUGAAAAAUGUUCACCCCAAACCAAAACUUGUCAGAGUGUUUGAAAGUUUGCUGAUUUCUCUGGUUACUACAGUGAUCAUAUUUGUUGCAUCCAUGGUUCUAGGAGAAUGUAGGGAAUUGUCUCCUCACUGGAGCAAUACUUCCCUUACUUUUCAGGUCUCUUCAUCAGAAGAAGUAAAUUCAAGUAUCAAGACAUUCUUCUGUCCUAACAAUACAUACAAUGACAUGGCAACACUUUUCUUCAAUCCUCAGGAAUCUGCAAUUUUACAGCUUUUUCACCAGGAUGGCACUUUCAGCCCAGUCACUCUAUCUAUUUUCUGCUGUAUGUACUUCCUCCUCUCCUGCUGGACGUAUGGUCUCUCUGUUCCCAGUGGUCUAUUUGUGCCUUCAUUACUUUGUGGUGCAGCCUAUGGACGCUUGGUUGCUAAUCUUCUUAAAAGCUACCUUGGAUUGUCACACAUAUACUCUGGAACUUUUGCCCUAAUUGGUGCUGCAGCCUUCCUUGGUGGUGUGGUUCGUAUGACUAUCAGCCUUACAGUCAUUCUCAUUGAAUCAACUAAUGAGAUUUCUUAUGGGUUGCCAAUAAUGAUCACAUUAAUGGUGGCAAAAUGGACCGGCGAUUUUUUUAACAAAGGCAUUUAUGAUAUCCACGUGGAACUAAGAGGUGUUCCUCUGUUGGAAUGGGAGACUGAAGAGGAAAUGGACAAGCUGAGAGCCUGUGACAUCAUGGAACCCAACCUAACAUAUGUUUAUCCACACACCCGUAUUCAGUCCUUAGUCAGCAUCCUUCGUACAACUGCCCAUCAUGCAUUUCCUGUAGUGACUGAGAACCGUGGCAAUGAAAAAGAAUUCAUGAAAGGAAACCAACUAAUCAGUAACAAUAUUAAAUUUAAGAAAGCAAGCAUUUUGACACGGGCUGGAGAGCAGAGAAAGCGAAGUCAGUCUAUGAAGUCUUAUCCAUCUAGUGAGCUACGUAAUAUGUGCGAUGAGCACAUUGCUGCUGAAGAACCUGUUGAGAAAGAGGAUAUGCUGCAGCAGAUGUUGGAACGCAGGUAUACCCCUUAUCCCAACCUUUACCCUGAUCAGUCUCCAAGUGAGGAGUGGACAAUGGAAGAACGGUUUAGGCCUUUGACUUUCCAUGGUAUCAUCCUUCGUUCCCAGCUGGUCACGUUGUUAGUUCGUGGAGUAUGCUAUGCUGAGAAUCAGUCUAGUGCUAGCCAGCCCCGCCUUUCACAUGCAGAAAUGUGUGAAGAUUAUCCACGUUACCCUGACAUACAUGAUGUUAACCUUACUCUCCUGAAUCCAAGAAUGAUUGUGGAUGUUGCACCCUACAUGAACCCUUGUCCCUUCUCUGUGUCACCGAAUACCCACGUCUCUCAGGUAUUCAACCUGUUCAGAACAAUGGGACUGAGGCAUUUACCAGUGGUGAAUGCGAUUGGAGAGAUUGUUGGAAUAAUAACACGGCACAAUUUAACCCAUGAAUUUCUGCAAGCCCGUCUAAGGCAGCAUUAUAUGACUUCCUGAUGCUACUCUGCAAGAAAAAAUUUCAGCCCAUUCAAGGAUGGAUCUCUUCACCUUUAUGGAGGACUGAACCUUCCAGGACUGUUCAUUUGGGUUCAGGCAAAAUAAAAACUGGUUUGAUGCCUCUACUAAGACCCAUAAAUGGCCUUUUGCCUUCCCCUGUCUCUUUACCCAACAUAAUCCAGAUUUGGCUUGAUUCUGCUGCUGAGUAUUGUAAAAGAAGGCUACUUAUAGCAUGAAACAUGACAUGAUUUUUGGGGGAAUUAUAAACCUAUGUUCAGCAUGAGCCAUAUAAUUAGGAGUUUGAAACUGUGUUGUGCCUACUGUUUUAACUUUCAAAAUUAAAAUGUGAGAGUGUACUGUAUAGCAUUGCAUUUGAAGAAUACCUGCUGCUGUGUUUUUAGGCCAAUUUUGCCUCCCAAAGCACAGGUGUUUCUCACAAUGGAGGGCAUUUUGCUCCUGUAUAAAAGCACUAGUAAAACCGUAAACUGCAAAAUAGCGUUCAUCAUUGCCUUCAAAUACUUACAUAUCAAAUACUUUUUUUUUCCUUAUAUCAACAAAUCAUUAGGAUGGCGCCAGUUUUAUGCACCAGGAAAUAUGCAAGCAGAAAAGUGCCUAUAAUUGUUUUUUUAGUUCUACAUUUGUUUAACGCAACACAGAUAGGCAACAUACAAUUUUUAUCAGAAUGUCUGUUCAGAUUCUCCCAUUUAAACUUUUCUUUGCCCAAAUUAUAUGGGACACAGUAAAAGUGAAUGCAAUAUAGGAACUUGUUAUGUCUCUCUUUAGGCAUGUGAGCAUUUAUGAACUGAAAUGAAAUUUUACAGAAUUUAAUAAUUUCCCAUUAAAUGAAUGGGAGCCUCAAAAGGCAGGUUUAAAAGCAAAACCAUACACUAUUUGGCCUUUUUAAGUGAAAAAUACAUUUAUUUAUUUUUUUGCUCAUGUUGAACUUAGAUUAAUAAUUCCCCCUGUAAAAGAUUUUUCAAGCAAACAGUGUCUAUUAAGCAUACAUCUUUCAUCUCCUAUCAGUGUAUCAUUUAGUUACUAUUUCCUGCAUUUUAUUUCAUUACACUCGCACAGAGAUAGCAUCUAGGUCUGUUUUCUCUGUCUACAGAAGAUAUGUUUUAUUCCUCAAGCUACUAUAUUGUGAUUAUACUAGUUAUUUGACUAAAUUUACAGUGAUGUUCAACAUAUAGCUUUUUAAAUUAACCUUGUUAGAUCUGAUACUGUUAUGGCAUCUUCCCCCUCCAGGGCUGAAGUAAAGGCAGCACAAAGAGGGCAUUUGCUCUUGUCCUCCAGCCGAAGAGGGGCUUCUUUUUAAAAGGUUCAAAUUGCAUAGCAAUUUUUUGUGUAUUUUAAUAUUUGCAGGGUCACUAUAUUCUCAUAAUUUGUUUGCUGAAUUUUGCACUGUAUGGUCAAAGUGUGGACAUUUGCCUGUCAAAACAUCUAAAUUUAAAACCAAGGGUAUUUAAUAUGAUCUUGGAUCUCUUAUGCUGCUAAAACAGCCUCUACCCUCUAUUCAACUACAUGUUUACAAGUUAUUGGUGUAAUAAUGUAAACGUUUUGGUAGAUCGUGCCUGACUGCAUUCGAUUUCCAGUUCAUCCCUCAAGUGUUAAGUUGCAUCAAGUGCUCUGUACAAGUCUUGUUAUGUUCUUCUACUCCCAUGUCUGCAGACUAAUUCUGAUUCUAAUGGACCUUACUUUUUGCACUAUAUUAUUGUCCUGCAGGAUAGAGCCUUCUCCAAAUUAUUGUCUUAGUAGGAAGCAUAACAUUGUCAAGAAUGUUAUCCAUACGAUGUUGUGGUGGCAGGCAAUAUCAGCAGUUUUGGAUUGUCUGUAAUUACCAAUUCAACAUUAGGAGUGUCCACAUACUUUUGUCCAUAUAGUGUAUAAUGACCAGAUUUCUACAGGCAGUUGUUGUAUUUCCUGACCCUCCAGCUGUUGUUUUUUCAACAGUAACCUAAAAGCUGCAAGUUGCAUAUUUCU